AAGCCUGUGACGGACAGCGCGUGUUUACAUAUAGAGACGACGCCCACGUCCACCAUCGCACUCGGUCGUCCUCCUCGUCUUCAUCGUCAUCCUCGUCCUCGUCUCGGUCCAGGCGGCGUCAUGAGCCCCAAGAACGUCGUCUUCAAGAAGAUCUGCAAGGACAAGUCGGUGGGCGUGUACAUGGGGAGGCGGGACUUUGUGGACCGCGUGGACUCUGUGGAUCCAGUGGAUGGCGUCAUCGCGAUCGACCGCGAGGCGCUGCAGGGGAGGAAAGUGUUCGUCACGCUGUCGUGCACCUUCCGCUACGGCCGCGACGACAUGGACGUGAUGGGCAUCGCCUUUCGUCGCGAGCUCUACCUGUCCACCCGCCAGGUGUACCCGCCGCUGCAGGACCGGGAGCAGGGCGUCCACACCCGCACGCAGGCCAAAUUGCUGCGCAAGCUAGGGGACGACGCGUACCCAUUCUUCUUCGAGUUCCCCGACAACCUUCCGUGUUCGGUGGCCAUGCAGCCGGCAUCGCACGACGUCGGCAAGCAAUGCGCCGUGGAGUUUGAGGUGAAAGUCUUCAGCGCUGAGAGUCAGGACGCCAAAGUCCGCAAACGGAGCUCGGUGAAGCUGAUGAUCAGGAAGGUGCAGUACGCCCCCGAGACCGAGGCGGGGGCGGCGCCGCCCUCUAUGGAAAUCUCACGAGACUUCUCCGUGUCGGACAAGCCGCUGCACGUGACGGCCCGGCUGGACAAAGAGAUUUUCUACCAUGGCGAGACCAUGAGGCUGCACCUCGACGUGGUCAACAACUCCAGCAAGAAUGUCAAGAACGUGGUCGUCUCUGUGGAUCAGGUGGCCACAGUGGUGCUGUACUCCAACGACUGCUACGUCAAAUGCAUCGCCAUCCACGAAGGGGAUUCGGUGUCUGCAGGGGCCACGCUCCAAAAAGACAUCUUGCUGCUCCCCCUGCUGGCCAACAACAGGGAGAGACGGGGCAUCGCCCUGGACGGAAAACUCAAGCACGAAGACACCAACCUGGCGUCGUCCAGCAUCAUCAAGCCGGGCAUCCUGAAGGAGGUUCUGGGCAUCAUGGUGUCCUACAGGGUGACGGUCAAGCUCGUCAUCGGAGGCUUGAUGAGCUCAAGUGAGGUUUCGGUGGAGCUUCCCUUCAAACUGAUGCACCCAAAACCCGACACAGUCAAGGAGAGUGAAAUGGAGGAGGAGCUGGUGUUCCAGGAGUUCAAGAGAUCAUACCUUCGAGGAAUGCUUGGCGACGACGACGACGAAGAAGGAAACGUUUCGGGCGGCGACGACAUGGUGCCCAAAGAAAACUGAGGGUGCGCUAAGGCUGCUGGGAGUUUUCUGUUGGAUUAGCCAUGCUAGCUGCUAGCGUGUAGAAUGAUAACAAAAAGGACAAAGUCUUUUGUAAAUGUUUUCAUUACGACACCCAAACAAAAGAGGCACACGCACAGUACAUGAAUGCUUUACAAUUGUUAGCAUGUCGCUAGCACAUUAGCUGUUAUGAUACCUGUCAGUUGAUUAGGAUUUGUUAUCCUUAAGUUCACCUUUGAUGACAAAAGCCCAAUAAAGCUCUUGGACACGUCA